GUUAGCUUUUCCAUUUAUUUGUAUUUAUAACUUUAUAAACAUAACUUAAACAAAAAAAGUUAAAAUGACGGCCCCAAUGGAACGAAUUCAAGUACUAGAUUCUAUAGAAAAAGAUAUAAUAACGUGCCUUCACAGUGCAGGACAAGUAUUUGUAGAGCUCGGUAAAGAGAAAUCCAGUUUAAAACAAGCCGAAAACCACACACAGAUGUUUCUCAAAACUUUAAGCGCCGUAGAGAACAAACUAACCGACCAAAUCAAUUACUUAACCCAAGUAUCCACUGGACAGCCUCAUGAAGGCUCCGGUUAUGCCUCCCAGAAAGUUCUACAAAUGGCUUGGCAUAGACUGGAGCACGCCAGAUCCAGAGUGAACGAAUUGGAAAGAUACAAAAUUAAACAUAUGCAAGGGAGAACCGCACAAAGAAGCAUUACUGCCCCAACGAAUGUCACAUCUUCAGCAGCUGGUAUAAGUGGGCAAAAUAUACCACCAGGUUCUGCCACAUAGUGUUUCGUUUUCUUAAUUGGUGUAUAUAUUGUGAUUGAAGAUGGAGAGUUAAUGUUUGUACUCUCUUAGGUUAAGAUUUUAGUUUUAUAAAAUAAAAUGUGUGGAUGUGGGAAGAACUUUUAGUUUGAUUUGUUUUUAAUAAAGAAUAUUAAACCUGUGUUUAAGUGAUUUGAGCAAUUGUGUAGUACAAGUUAUAUCUUUGGGUAAUUUGGCAAUCCAUUUUAUAAAAGACUGAAACUUGGUCUCUAUAUUUUAACAAACCUUUAGGGGAACAGUAACCGUUUUAUGGAAGCUAUCUGCAGAAAGUAAAGUGAUCUGACUGAACACAGGAUUUCAGGUAAACCAGUAAACUACCCCACAGGUAAAACAGUUACUUCCACAGCAGGUAAG